AUCAAAUACACAAGCGAGUUGAUUUUCAACGAAAUGUCCUACAAUUUUACGGCAUCGAGAAUGAAGUAACUGAUGCUGAUGGUGGCACCCUAAAUGCUUAUCUAAAACUUGACAAGUAUCGGCUAGCUUUGCAACUGGCGAGUGCCGUGAAAGGUUGUCUUAAGCCUUAG